AUGGCCGACGCGGAGGCGCGCGACAAGGAGGAGGCCCUGGGGGAGUUUCGGCAGCGCAUGCUGAAGCACAAGGAGAUCGACGCCCGGGUGCGCAAGUUGCGCCAGGACAUGAAGGCCCUCCAGAAGGACUACGACAAGUCGGAGGACGAGCUGCGCGCCCUGCAGAGUGUGGGGCAGAUCAUCGGCGAGGUCCUGAGACAGUUGGACGAUGAGCGCUUCAUCGUGAAGGCCAGCAGCGGGCCGCGCUACGUGGUGGGCUGCCGCAGCAAGCUGGAGAAGGCGCGGCUGAGCAGCGGCACGCGCGUGGCGCUGGACAUGACCACGCUGACGAUCAUGCGCGCGCUGCCGCGCGAGGUGGACCCCGUGGUGUUCAACAUGCUGAACGAGGACGCGGGCAACGUGGACUACUCCAGCAUCGGCGGGCUGAGCGAGCAGAUCCGGGAGUUGAGGGAGUCGAUCGAGCUGCCGCUGCUCAACCCGGAGCUGUUCCUGAGGGUGGGGAUCAUGCCGCCCAAGGGCGUGCUGCUGUACGGGCCGCCGGGGACCGGGAAGACGCUGCUGGCGCGCGCCGUGGCGUCCAACAUCGACGCCAAUUUCUUGAAGGUGGUGUCCAGCGCAAUAGUAGACAAGUACAUUGGGGAGAGCGCAAGGAUCAUCCGCGAGAUGUUUGGCUAUGCUCGCGACCAUGAACCCUGCGUAAUCUUCAUGGAUGAGAUCGAUGCCAUCGGGGGCAGGAGGUUCAGUGAGGGCACCAGUGCAGACAGGGAGAUCCAGCGCACAUUGAUGGAGCUCCUCAGUCAGCUGGAUGGCUUUGAAAAGGUGGGAAAAGUGAAGACGAUCAUGGCGACAAACAGGCCCGACGUCUUGGACCCUGCCCUGAUGAGGCCAGGCAGGUUGGACAGAAAGAUCGAGAUACCCUUGCCAAACGAGCAGGCGAGGAUGGAGAUCCUCAAGAUUCACUCUGCUCCGCUCACUAAGCAUGGGGACAUAGACUAUGAAGCAGCGGUGAAACUUGCAGAGAACUUUAAUGGUGCAGAUUUGAGGAAUGUGUGCACAGAGGCAGGGAUGUUCGCAAUCAGGGAUGAGCGGGACUAUGUCACUCACGAGGACUUCAUGAAGGCUGUGAGGAAGUUGAAUGAGUCCAAGAAGCUCGAGUCCACCCUGACAUAUGAACAACCCUUGGACGUGGCCAAGAAAUGA